UAUUGACCUUCAAAACCUUUGUAGGCCAUCUUUAAGUCUCCAAAAGCAAUGCGAGGAGGCAUCUCUAUUUGCUUUCCGCAGUUUGGGAACUGUCAUUCGCUCGAGCAGCAUGGAUUUGCCAGGAACAAGAUUUGGACAAUCGAGGAUGAUCCUCCUCCACUUCAUCCAAAUGACUCUCUUGGUAAAUCCUUUGUUGAUUUGCUACUCAAACCCAUUGAAGAAGAUCUGAAGUUCUGGCCUCACGGCUUUGAGUUUCGCCUACGAGUUUCUCUCACAUCGGAUGGAAACUUGAUAUUGAUAUCGCGCAUCAGGAAUAUAAAUGGGAAACCUUUCAGUUUCUCUUUGGCUUAUCAAACACAUUUCUCUGUUUCUGACAUUAGCGAAGUGAGGAUAGAAGGUUUAGAGACGCUGGACUACCUCGACAACCUCUCCCAAAGGGAACGAUUCACGGAGCAAGGUGAUGCCCUAACAUUCGAAUCAGAGAUAGACCGUGUUUACCUAAGCUCACCCAAGUGUGUCGCUGUUCUUGAUCACGAGAAGAAACGAACAUAUGUUAUCAGAAAGGAGGGGCUGCCUGAUAUGGUCGUGUGGAAUCCAUGGGAGAAGAAGUCGAAAGCAAUGACAGAUUUUGGCGAUGAAGAAUAUAAGCAGAUGCUAUGUGUGAAUGCAGCAGCAAUAGAGAAGAACAUCACCCUGAAACCAGGAGAGGAGUGGACGGGGAGAGUCGAGCUCGCAGCUGUGCCUUCAAGCUUCUGCUGCGACGAACUUGAACCUCAUCUCGACUACUUUUGAUGUUCGACUUGUGAUCGUUCGUUCCUUCGUUUACUCAAUUUUAUCGAAGCCUGUGGUUUUUUAGAAAUGGCUGAGAAAAAGUUUGGUUGUGUAGGGAUUUGAGGCAUAUAAUUUGCCCUGUUUUAGCUAAUCACAGUGCCUUUAUGCACUCUGAAUCUGAACAUAUCUAGUUUGUGAUUUGUGAAGUGAUGAUCUUCAGACACAAAUUGUGACAUCAA